AAUUUGUCACAUAAACUAUUAUGUUAUUUUUUUAGACUUAAAAUGUUUAAUUGGCUGAAUCUGCGGGCUGAGGUGCCAGCGGAAUCAGCAAAGGAUGAUUGGCAAUCAGAGUGUCCGAGUUCUGCCCCUGUACUGCUAGCAGUGCCUGAUGAUGGUAAAGAUAUGGAUCCUCUCAACAUGAUGCCUCCUCCCAACCAACAACCUUCGCCUAACCAACCCUUUCCUCUUCCUAUAGUUAGGCAGCAAUCAUCUAUACCUAAAACGGCCAAUGUUGGCUUGGCAAAUCCCGUCAUUAAAGUUUUUGGUCCCGAUGAUAUUAAACAGGAGGAUAUGGAUCAUAUAAUUAAGAUUCAUAACGCCAAUAACGAAUCUGCCUGGCAAGAAGUACUAAAAUGGGAAGCACUUCAUGCCAGAGAAUGCGGGAAUCCUAAACUGAAAAGUUUUGGCGGGAAAGCAAAGGAUUUUUCACCGAGGGCCCGAGUCAGAGGGUGGAUGGGAUAUGAACUACCCUUUGAUCGUCAUGACUGGAUUAUUGACCGAUGUGGAAAAGAUGUUAGGUACGUAAUUGAUUAUUAUGACGGUGAUCUUGAUCCUGGCUCCCACAGGUUUGCCCAGCUUGAUGUGCGACCUGCUCUAGACUCUUUAGACGCAGUUUGGGAUAGAAUGAAGGUGACCUGGUGGAGAUGGCGGUACGCGCCGAAAGAAGGAGAAAUGGAACAGAGCGCAUAAUUUAUUUUUGUGGAAAUUUUUCUCUUUUUUUCAAAUUAUUAUAAACAAAUUUUCUUGCAUAGAUAAUCAGAUACCAAAGUAGAAAUAUUGUUUUUUCAGAAA